AUGGGUGUGACCUAUGUUCUGCUCCCCACACCGUCUCCAGCAUCCAUCGAUUACCCUUCCUGUGACCAAAUCCUGAUGACCUUGAUGAAGCUAAAACUAAACCUAAUAUUAGGAGAUAUUGCUCACUGCUUCAAUGUGUCUACAUCCAUGGCAAGCAUUGUGAUUAGUCACUGGACUGACGUGAUGGGUGAACAGUUCAAAGUCCUGAUCCCCUGGCUUCCAAGAGAGACCAGUCGUGCCACCAUGCCCUUGUUGUUUCAGAGGAUCUACCCUCGAACAACCUGCAUCAUUGACUGUGCCGAAAGUGCCAUGCAGAGAGCCACAAACCCCGACUUAAGGAGUGACGUUUUCAGCCAGUACAAAUCACGCAACACUGUGAAAUAUCUCGUCGCUGAGGCCCCUAAUGGGCUAAUCAUGUUUAUGUCUGAUGCCUAUGCUGGCAGAAGCAGCCAUAAGUUUAUCACCAUGGACAAUGGGUUCCUAGACUAUCUGAGGGCUGGUGAUGAGGUCAUGGCACACCGUGGGUUCACCAUUCGAGAUUUGCUUGAUAAGAGAAGGGUCAGUUUGAACAUCCCUGCAUUCACCUACAGGCGCAAUCAGUUGACCAAUGAGGAGACGACAUGCACCAGGCGAGUAGCCAAUGUCCGCAUACACGUGGAAAGAGCAAUCCAGAGACUGAAGGUCUUUAAGAUUUUAUCCCAGACUGUUCCCAUCAGCAUGGCACCGAAACUCGACAUCUUAACCAUCUGUGCUGGCCUAGUUAACCUGAAGAGUCCACUGAUCAGUGAGGUUUAG